AUGAAGGGCUAGUCGUGCGGAGGAGCAAUACGGAGGAUCCGAGUUCCGAUUGUGAGUUCGCUUCUUCAGGUAAUGGUGUGUGGGCUUGAACGUUGUCUUUGCGAUUGUCCGAGCAUCCAAGAGAGAAAACAUGAGAUCAUUUAAAACUAUUAGCGGAGUCGGAAAUUCUCUGCAAGUUUUCUCCCUGUUGUUCAUGUUGUUAAUUUAAUUCAAGAUGAAUGAAAAAUGUGCGUACCAAGCGGUCUUUUACCGGAGCAAAAAGACUUAUUAUGUGAAAUGCAUUUUAUCAUAGCUGACUACUGCAAAUACUGGAGCAUGACUGUAUAUUUCAGGAUACUUAUUUUCUUCUAAGUUAAAGGAGAGAAGGGUUUUAAAUAUGGAAAGCAGUUUGUUCUGUUUUGGUGCUUUAAAACAUAUGUUUGUAUUUCUCUUGUGGCUUUCAACUUUGAAUCCUUCUGAUUGUAGCUAUGCUGAAGCAAUUUUAUACAAUGCUAGUCCAACUACUGUGAAACAGUAUUAUGUUCCAUAUCCACAUCAUCAUCUUAUGAGGUACUCCAAGAGAGAUUUCCAAUUCCGUGAGCAAAAACCUGUCCAUUUUAAACGUCCUCCAAUUGCCCAUGAUGUUUUUCAAAUUGAACCUUCUGAUGCUAUCGAUAAAAUUAAAUAUUCACAACCUGCUUAUCCUGAACUUAGUGCAUAUUUAAACAUGAAAGUGCCUUCAACGACACCAAAUAACAGAGUGAUUAAAGUGCCAGCUCCACAUCGUAAUCUUAAUGACAUCGAUGAACAAUCUUUUGCAUCUACCGAGUAUUCUGUGAAAGACACAGCCACAUUUAUUAGAGAUCAUAGGAAUUUAGAUCAUGAGUCUGAAAAUGGGUAUUUAAGAGAAGCAAUUGUGAAUUCGAAGUAUAAAAUUAGUGAUGAUUUUGAUACGAAUUAUAGUAGUGAUUCUCCAAACAUGCAUAAUCAUGAAAAGAAUAAUUUUACUGAUAUAAAUGAUUAUUUGGUUUUAUCAUCUGAUGCAGUGUUGAGUUAUGAAGUUCCAACUUCAAACAAUACCAGCACCCUCCAAAACCAUUCUAUUGUGAGGCAAAAUGUUGAACGUGCAAUAGAUAAUGUGCUUAGUCUUAAUUACACUGAAUUUAACUAUUCUACUUUAUUGCCAAUAGUAAAAACUGUUUUGCCAGGAUUUUCUACUGAGAGUUCUAUAGUAUUUAAUACGCAUGUAUAUUCAGAUUCUUCAAAUCAGACUGAAAAUAAUGAUGCCGUGUCUACAGUGGUUUAUGAGCAUGCAUUGGAAGAUGGAAAUAGCUCCAGUGUGUUGCCGUCAAAAGAAAUUGACAGUGACAGAUUAUCCUCAGGCACCGUUGCUGGGAUAGUGAUUUCUGUACUUGUUUGUGUGACUGUUUUAUCAAGUGCUGUGAUAUAUUUAUUGUAUCGAAAAUAUAAUGGGAAGUGUACUAGUGUUGUCGAAGGCAAAUUUAACUCUGAUAACUGCGGUUACUUAGAUGACAGCUUAAGAAGCAGUAUUUAUUUAAAUAACCACAUUGAAUUGCCAAAAGAAAGCUCAGAAGAGAUGACAUCGUUGGACAAUGAUUCAUUUCUGAACAGCUUAGAAACCAUGACAAUACAAAAUUACUGGGCUGAUAAUUCAAAAAAUACCAAAGUGUAAAUAGAGCAUGAAAUGUACUUCCCGAACCUGUCAUUGUAUUUAUACAUUGAUUGUAUUAUAUGUAUUAUAUAAUCAUAAAUUUAGUGUGAACAUAAUUUUAUGUCUAUUUAUUUGAAUUAUGAGCUAAGUUGAAUUAUGAUGGACAUUAGCAGGAAUCAAAGAUGUAUGUUUUCUUUUGUUUCUUCAUUCAUCCUUAAUUUCGAUUA